UGGGCUGCUCACGAGGACGAAAUCCACAGAAAGAAACGCCUCUUCAAAUUAGGGGUAUAAAGUCGAAAUGUCGGGCCCAGAAUAGUAUAUCUGAUGUGGGACGCAUACCAAAAUAUUAACAUUUUAUCUGAGUAGUAGGAAUAUAAUGAAUUUUUUUUUUUCUGUAAUUUUCAAAUUUCCAAUUUAAAGAAGGGGCUAGUCCGGGUCAAGAGUUCAGGGUUUUAAUUCUGCCACCAACUGACUAGGUACCUUCGUUCAACCACAUUCUCAUCUGAAGCCGGGCUACUGGACACCAGAAGGAAGAAUUUGCACACUCCCCACUGGCUUUACAUUCCGUGAUACAAUGAUCCUGCCUCCCGCCGACUCGCCGACGACAGUGUUUUGGCCCAUUUAGCUCACCGUCCGCGCAGGCUUCCAGAGCAACCCUAAGCUCCGCCCCCUCCCCGCAGGACGGCGCGAAAACCCAAUCGACGAGAACUUAUUGGAAAGCCCUCCGGUCCGGUCUGCGUUCGGUCUGCUUUCCCUGCCCCGGCUCCGGUCCCGAGCACUCGGCCUGGGUCGUCCGCCCGGAGGGGUCACCCCGCGCCUACCGGCCGCGCCCCGAGUGCCUCGCCGCCCGCGCUUUCUCAGCGCUCCUUCCCGCGUUCGACUUGGCUGAGCUGGGCCCGGCCUCCGAGCCCGCUCCGGGCCGGUGGGCGCAGGGGAAUCCGAGACGGACCCCGCGGCCCAACUUCGCGCUCCUCCAGGAGCGGGCCGCCUCCAUGGCCGAGACGCUGGCCGACCCGGUCCGCGCAAGGUCCUAGGAGCAGGGGCACCGGGAAGCGGCGAACAUGGUAGGGGUCCUUGCCAUGGCGGCGGCGGCUGCUCCCCCUCCAGUCAAGGACUACGAGAUUGAGCCAUGCAAAAAGCGAAGGAAAGAUGAUGAUGGAUCUUCCUUUAAAACAAUUACGAAAUAUUUAUCACCAAUAGAGAAGACUGGAGUUAGAGUUUUCUCUCCACCAAAAUCCAAUAAUAUUCUGGAUUAUUUUAGAAAAACUUCACCUACAAAUGAGAGGACUCAAUCAACGAAAGAGUGUAAGAUAAAGUCGUCUGCACCAUUGCCUGUGGACAGUGGCAAAGAUUAUAAAACGCCUUUGGAACCGUUCUCAAAUGUACAGUUUAAGAAGAGAGGAAAGAGAGUUAAUUUAUCACGUCAACUAAAUAAUGUUAAAACUGGACAUGAAUCUCCAAUUGAAAUAAGUAGUGAUGAUAGCAAAGAAGACUCUAGUUUAAAUAAUGACUUUGAAGAAAGCAGUCCUUCUGUUUUACUCCACCAGAAACAUGUAGAGGUACCUGCAGAAAGUAUUCAAGAUUUCAAAAACCAGUCAAGCAAUAUGACCCGCAAACAGAAUUCUAAGAAAGUAAACCCUAAACAAGGCACCACAAAAAAUGAUUGCAAGAAAAUAAGAAAAAGGAAGCACAGAGAUGUAGUAGAUCUCUCCGAAAGUUUAUCCUUGGCAAAGGAACUAAAUCUUAAAAAAGACGGUAAAGAUAAUCAACAGAUAAUAUCUUCCCUAACUGAUGAAAUAGAGAGUACUGCGCAUGAUGCAAACCCUGGAGAUAAUGUAUCUAAAAUCGCUCAGUUAAAUGAUAACACAAUAACUGUUCCAUAUGAGGAAUUUUUAAAAAGUCACAAGGAAAACAAAGUGGAACAGCUACCAGACUCUACAACGUCAGUGUCAAUUUGUGUCCCCUCUGAAACUGUUGGAGAGAUAGUCAAAAGUGGUUAUAUAAGUGAUACAGAAACCUGUGAAAAUUCUCAGCAGGUACACUUUAAGACAAUGACUGUUCUUGCACAAGUUCACCCUGUACCCCCUAAAAAGGCAGGGAAAAUACCCUCAAUUUUCUUGAAACAAAAGCAAAUUGAAAUGGAAAAUAGUCUCUCUGAUCCUGAAAGUGAACAGACAGUUCAGAAAAGAAAAUCUAAUGUUGUUAUACAGGAGGAAGAACUAGAAUUGGCAGUGUUGGAAGCUGGAAGUUCUGAAGCUGUGAAGCCAAAGUGCACUCUAGAAGAAAGACAGCAGUUUAUGAAAGCAUUUAGGCAGCCAGCAUCAGAUGCACUUAAAAACGGAGUGAAGAAGUCUUCUGAUAAACACAAAGACCUUAAUGAAAAAGCUUUACUUGAGGAAGGAAGAGACAGUAGUUCUAAAAACAUCCUGGAAAAUGCUAAUAUCCAAAUGAUUUCAAAUAACGACACUUCACAGUCACACACUGAUAAAGGAAGUUUUCCUAAGGAGAAAAGUAAGAAACUAAAGCAAAAGAGUAAGAAAACAUUAGAUACUGGGGUUGUACUAGGUGAGACUAGAGAAGGAAAUACCCAAAAGAAAGAAACAACCUCUUUAAAAGAUAAGCAAAGUCAAAAUAGAGUUACAAUGAGUUUAAGGCGUAAGAAAACAGAAGUUUUCAAAAGCAGCACAUUAUUUAAAAGUAAAAGUCUUGUUUGUGACGAUAUAGCAAAGGCUGACCCUUUAGAGAUUUCCUCUCUACAUAACAACAGUAAGUCAUCAAGAAAAACCAGUCUUCCGGUUAGGGAUGUCCAAGUUAGACAUUCUAAAGCUGAGCCUGAAGACAGCUUGGUAAAUGUUUCCACACCCAAACCAACCAGAAGGUCUGUGAGAAGGAGCAGCACACCUACCGCAAUAAUCAUCAGGGGUUCUGAUUUUGAAGAUUCGGAAGAUAAUAGUCCAAUAAAGGCUUCCACUCCAAAAGCAGCCAGCUUUUCAGGAAAGCGUAAUUUAUAUACAGCGGAAUUAAUAACAGUACCCUUUGAUUCGGAGAGUCCUAUUAGAAUGAAAUUCACCAGAAUUACUACUCCCAAAAAAUCUAAGAAAAAAUCUAAGAAAAGAGGUAAGAAAAGAUCUCAGAAAUCUGAAGCAACUGAUGGAGAUUUCACUUCUCAGACCAGAAAGGCAAGUAAUGCUUCAAAAAACAUAUCAAAAGCAAAACGAUUGAUUGAAAAAGCAAAAGCUAUACACAUUAGUAGGUCAAAGGCUACCGAUGAAAUACCAACACCUUUAAGGCGUUCCUCUAGACGUCAGGCGCUUACUGAAAGGAAGAAAUUGUCAGAAGCAGAAGACUCUGUAAUAAUAAUAGAUUCAAGCCCUACUUCUUUAAAGCAGCCUGAGAAAAAUCAGAAGAAGCUUAAGUGUUUGAAUGAUGUGCUGGGAAAAAACUUUAACCAGUCAUCCAAAAACGUACCUGGAAAAAUGAAAGUCGCGCCUUUAUUUCUUGCCAGAAAACCUCAAAAAACAGCUGAUCCUGUCCUUGGAUUUGAUGAAAGCAGUCAAGAUACAUCUGAAAGAUCUCAGAACUGUGACGUGCAGUUUAAAGCAAAGCGUGAAUUUCUAAUGAGUGGUUUGCCAGAUUUGUUGAAACGACAGAUUGCAAAGAAAUCGGCUGCUCUGGAUGCAUACAAUGCAGCGAGUACCAGUUUCCCGAGAGUUGUUCAUAUUCAACAAAAAGAUGAUGGGUGCCGUUUGUGGCAUUUGACACUACCCUCUUGUCCUCUCUUAACUAAAUUUAAAGAACCAAAUACUAAAGUAAUAAAUGUCUCAAAGCGUGCUAUUGCCCUUGGUGAAUUUUCAACAUUGAAUUCAAAUUCAAAAAGCAACAAUUCUGCUGUUGUGUUUAUGGGAACAAGGAAAGAUUUUACUGAAAAAGUAAGGAACCUUUUGCUGGAGGAGAUUAGGUGGUCAAAUCCUGAAUUUUCUUUGAAAAAUUAUUUCCCUUUGCUUCUGAGAAAACGAACUGAGCACCUGGUACUUACUGAAUGUCUUGGUAACCAAGAAAACCCACAACUAGAACCCGAUGUUAAUCAAAAAGAAACCAAAAGGAAACGAGUGGAAACUGAAAAUUAUAAGUCUAAAAGAAAGAAACCAAAUGAAUAUUCAGAAAGUCCAAAAAAGACAAAUGGGAAACUUGAAGAACUUGAGAGAAGAAACAACUCCUCUGGGAUAAAGUUAGAUUCUUCCAAAGGUAUAUUUUCUAAAACAUCCAGGAAGAAACAGACCGUUUUAAGUAUAACAUGUAAAGUGGAAACAGAAGGAGCAGAAGAUUUUGAUAUUCUAAUAAUAGAUGAUGACAAAGAAUCUACACCAGCAGUAUCUUCUAUUCCUGAUUCUGGAAUUGAAGACAUGCUUUGGACGGAAAAGUAUCAACCUCAGAAUUCCAGUGAACUCAUAGGCAAUGAGCCAGCCAUAAAAAAGUUACAUAGUUGGCUGAAAGACUGGAAAAGAAGAGCUGAGGUAGAAGAAAGACAGAAUUUGAAGGGAAGAAAGGAUGAGAAACAGGAAGAUCCAUCGGACAACAUAGAUUUUAAAGAAAGUUCAGAUGAUGAAGAGAGUCGUCUUUGCAAUACUGUUCUCAUAACAGGGCCAACUGGAGUGGGGAAAACUGCUGCUGUGUACGCCUGUGCUCAGGAGCUUGGAUUUAAGAUAUUUGAAGUGAAUGCCUCUUCCCAGCGCAGUGGUAGACAAAUUUUAUCUCAACUAAAGGAAGCCACUCAGUCCCAUCAAGUAGAUAAGCAAGGUGUGAACUCACAAAAACCUUGUUUUUUUAAUAACUACAACAUAGGCAAGUCACCAAAAAAAUUAAGCUCCCCUAGGAAAGUUGUUACAUCACCAGGAAAAAUUCCUCCGCCCUCGCCAAAAAGUAGUGGACCAAAGCGAGCACUCCCUCCUAAAACUUUGGCAAAUUAUUUUAAAGUGUCUUCUAAGCCAAAAAAUAAUGAAGAAAUAGGAACACUUCAGGAAAAUAAUAAAGGAAUCAAAAGUUCUUUUGAACAGAAACAAAUUACUCAGCCUAAAUCUGCAAAUACAGUUAAUUCAAACAAAGAAUUUGGAGUGGAGGAAUCCAACAGGAAAAAUGCAACUUCUCUUAUUCUUUUUGAGGAGGUUGAUGUAAUUUUCGAUGAAGAUGCUGGGUUUUUGAAUGCAAUCAAAACAUUCAUGGCAACAACUAAAAGACCUGUAAUCCUUACUACAAGUGAUCCAACAUUUAGUUUAAUGUUUGAUGGAUGCUUUGAAGAAAUCAAAUUUAAUACACCUUCCCUACUUAACGUUGCCAGCUACCUACAGAUGAUCUGCUUGACUGAGAAUUUUAGAACUGAUAUAAAAGACUUUGCCACCUUUCUAACUGCAAAUACUUGUGAUAUCAGAAAAAGUAUUCUUUAUUUACAGUUCUGGAUUAAAAGUGGAGGUGGAUAUUUAGAAGAAAGGCCAUUAUCCCUUUGUGGAGGAAAUAGCAGGAAUGUUCAACUAGUUUGCUCUGAAAAUGGCCCUGAGUCUAAGAAGAAGCCUAAAAAUACUAAAAAGAAUCCUACAGAUCUUCCCAAAUGUGAUACUGGCUGUGCUGAGACUUUGUUUGGCCUCAAGAACAUUUUUUCCCCAUCUGAAGACGUAUUUUCUUUUUUAAAGCACAAAAUCACAACAAAGGAAGAAUGGCAUAAACUCAUCCAGCUUCUUACAGAAUUCCAAACACGAAAUGUGGAUUUUUUAUAUAGUAAUCUUGAGUUUAUUCUACCAUUACCAGUUGAUACCAUUCCAGAAACAAAAAAUCUCUGUGGCUUGUCAGUAACUGUGGGUGCCAGUCCAGCAAUGACAAGUAUGAGAUAUCUUGCUAGGAACCAUUCAGAAGGAGAGCAGCCAUCAAAAAAGUCACAAAGAAAGAAAUAUAAGAAAAAGAUAGUCACACUAGAUGAUAGUGACUUAUUUGACACCGAAUUGGACUUUUCUCAUGAAUUUAUUAGCCAAUCCUCUGCCUAUUUUUCAAGUUCAGAAGAAAGCAAAGCCAGAGAAGAAGAAAGCAUACCAGAGACAAAGAAACCAAACAAAUGCUUAGAAUCUAACAUUGAUUCUGUUCCUCAUCCUCCUAAAACACCAGCUGAAAAAAAAUGUUCUGGCCUUGUUUCUCACUGUUUAAAUUCCCUCACUGAGUUCAUGGAUAACAUGUCCUUCUUAGAUGCUCUUUUAACUGAUGUAAAGGAAUUUGGUAAAAAUGACUUUACUUGGACAAACGGAAAGGUUAAAAAUGGACUUUGUGAUGAGUUUAGUCUUGAAAGUAGUGAUGGUUGGCCUUCUCAACGCUCUGGAGAAUUAAAGGCAGUUGUAGAAGCUCUUAGCUUUACUAAGUGCUCUUCUGCUAUGUCGAAAGCAUUGGAAACCUCUUUAAAUUCUUGCAAGAAAUUUGGAAGAGAUCCAACUAAAGACCUUACUUUUUAUGUUUCACAACAGCGUAACAACGUAUACUUUAGUCAAUCAGUGGCUAAUUUAGAUGAUGCGCGGAAGAGGAUAGCAGUCAUUAAAAGCGUAUUCUCUAGUCGAUCUCUUCUGAACCUGGGUAAUAGACAAGCUAGUAUAAUUGAAUACUUGCCAACUCUUCGAAACAUUUGUAGGACUGAGAAGCUAAAAGAACAAGGAAAAAGUAAAAGAAGGUUCCUGCAUUAUUUUGAAGGAAUUCAUCUUGACAUUCCUAAAAAGACUAUGAACACUUUGGCAGCCGACUUCCCUUAAUAUUCCAUGUUAAUGAUGCCUUGUACAGAUUAUUAUGUGGUCCUUAAUAUACAUUUUUAUAUUACGUUGAUUUUUGUGGAAGAGCCGUGUCUCUGUAAUGUACAUUUAUAACAGACUAUUUUGUAUAUUUCUUUAUUAGUGUGCAAACAUUUAAAAUGAAAAAAUUUGAGUUACUUAUUGCAUGUAUGAUUGUGGUGGUAUUUUCUUUUUGGAAUUUUUUGUAUUAUUUGAUUUAACUUUUUUGGAGUAUUUUUAUAUGUGAAUGAGCUGUUUCUAGAAGUUAGAGUUCACUAAGAUAUUUCAGUGCUAAACUAAAAUUUUCUUUUACAUAUUCCUCUCCAAGUAUUGGUGCUGUGUUGAAUUGUAAAUAUGAAUCACCUAGAUGACGACCUUAAGUUUACAAAAUCCAAAAUUACGUACGUAAUACAUAAGGAAACUUCUAUGAAGAAAAUCAUGCUCGUUUUUCAAAAAGAUCUUCCUGAUAAAUUUUUGAGGUGUACUCCUCUAGCAUAUACCAUUGAAUCAUUGAAUGUUGACAAAGUGAAAUCAAGAUUAUGAAAUUAUAAUUUUCAUAAAUUUUUUUAGCAACCAUACAUGUGAUAUCUUGUGUAUUUCGCCAACUCAAAUAAUUUGCCUUGUACAUUUUCUUGUAUUUUCAUAUCACCAAUGUUUUAUUUCACUUAAGAUAUUAAUGAUGUUAAUAUAUCUAUCGUGUUCAAACUGCUAUUCAUUAAAACUAAAAAAAAGA